AUGUCCGCACCCCAGGUUCAUUCACGCCGUCGACCUCUUCAGCAUAAGAACCUCCCCCAUCUUUCGAUUACUUCUUCGUCCUCUACUUCAGAUCAGUCGUCAUCCGACUCAACAUGUCGCUUAACGCCCCAUAGCAUGAAGUUGAAGAAAGGUGCCACCUUCCACUCUCCAACGACCCCGCCGUCUGAGGACUCUGAUCCAAUCUUCAACAUCCACUCGCUGCUUCGACGCUCUCCUACCUGUCCCAAGGCUCUGGAGGAUGUCAUUGCGGCCGGUGUAGGACGAAGGGCCGUGUUCUUAGACAAGUUCGAGCGUAGCCCUUAUGGUCUCGGAAGCGACCUUUCUGCUCCUCGGUUGGACAACACUCUCUGUGAUAACGACUCGCCUGUUCCGCGUGGAAUGCCGGAGGCCCGAAUGACUAACACUGACCCUAUGAACGACGUAGACUCAAUACAGAAAGAUAAAGCUUUCAAACCUGUCCGCGAUCAGGAUCGGCGCCGUCGUCUUUCCUGUGAUAGUGGUAUCGGUUCGUCCAUCAGCGGUGCUAGCAUGUCUUCCUCUGUCGAUACACGCGAACAAGUUCGCAAAGCUACUCAUUCCUUCCAAGAGGAGGGUAAAAUUGUCUCAACCCAAUCUGCCAUUACUAGAUCUAUUUCAUCUACCACUGCCUUAGCUCAAAUCCCCAGCUUUAGCGUUACUGCUCGCAAGCACAUCGAUCGCUUUAUUCUCGUUCCUAUUCUUCGUGAAAAACGUCUCUCCCCAUUCCAUCCCUUAAUCCGUAGCGUACCCCAGCGGAUUGAGAGCAAAGAGAUCGCCUGUCUUCGAGAUCUUGAAAAGACCAUUCUUUUCCUAGCCCCGGUGAGUCAGAUUCGCAACCCUCAUAAUGUACCGGACGUUGCUUAUACCAUCAAUCUUCAUUUAAAGCGGUACACCCAAUCCAAAGCAGUCUACCUUGGAUUCUGUGAAUUUACCAUCCAGUGCCUUCAUACUACGGUUGGGUACUUGAAUGACCGCGAUCAACGACGGCCAUCCGAUCGUCCGUAUACCAACGGCUAUUUCCUUGAUCUCGUCGAACAGAUGCGACAGUACGCUGCUCUGGUCGGUGCUACUCGAGAAAGGCAGGGCCCUCGCCCCCGCUCGAGAAUAGCAGAGAAUAACAUGGAAUAUUCAUCUGAUGAGGAAGUCACCCUUGAAGGCGGCUUGGGUGCAACCGGACGCCCCGCUGAAUUAGUCCGACGAAAGAAGGAUAAGCAAGCUAUCUCCCUUCGUACUGGAAACCCGUACGAUGAAAAGGCAUCGCCUGCUGUCCCAAUCAUGAAACGCUCCCUGAGCAUGGAAUCAUGCGAUGACGGCGUUGCUCGUUCGAUGGCUCGACGAAAGAAAAAUGCCCCCCCUCUUGACAUUAACCAGAAAUGCAAAGACUGCGAUAAAGUGUUCAAGAGACCCUGCGAUCUUACUAAACAUGAGAAAACUCAUUCGAGGCCAUGGAAAUGUGCAGAGAAGUCAUGCAAAUAUUUCGAAAUCGGCUGGCCAACUGAGAAAGAGAGAGACCGUCAUGUGAAUGACAAGCACUCCAAAUCCCCGCCCUUGUUCAAAUGCCACUUUUCUCCUUGUACCUACCAGUCCAAGCGCCAGAGCAAUUGCAAGCAGCAUAUGGAAAAAGCACACGGGUGGGUGUAUAUUCGAUCCAAGAACAACGGCAAAAGCGGCAGCCGAGUGUCGGGAUCAACGUCAGGCCAGCCCACUCCUCGGACCCCUAAUAUCCAAACUCCCAAUUCAGGAGUUAUGGAUUUACCAACUCCUCAGAGCCAUCCGGGCCGGUCCCCUUAUGCACCCAAUGUCUCGCCUUACGAUCAGAGCUUGCAGUAUACCGGCCCUUCUGGCGGUUACCCACUAGAUGACAUGAUGGAUCCACACAAUCAUGACUUCCAACUGUUCCCGGAUUCAACCACAAACAACAACCUUUUUGAUGACUUCGAUAUCAACAACCCAUUUGCACCACAAUUGGACUUCAGCGCCUUCCAGGCCAGUUUGGAAGCUGGUGAUCCAAAUGAAUAUGUCCCAAGCCUGGACAUGCACAUUCCCUCCGUGCCCUCCAGCGCAACCACACCUGAUGGAACCGGGCCUAUGGGACCUGGUACCCUGACGGACGAAUCGCCCUUCGAACCCACACAUCCAACCCCAAAUUUCAACGUCGACUUCGACAAUCUUGACAAUGAGUACACAGUCAUGAACAUGCAGUUACUCACGCCCGCGCAAUCCGUCGAGGUGCACGGAUUGCGCUCCUUUUCGCGGAAUCCAUCUCCAACAUGCCCGGAGCCGCAACAGAAGACCAACGUCAACCAUAACUUCUCUCCUGCCGGCCAGGGUAAUUUGAUGCUCUAUUCGCCCAACUCCCAGGAGCGGGAACGAGAUUUGGAUUUGGAUUUGGAUAUCGAUAUGGAUGAAGGGUUUCACGAUGGUUUUGACAAUUAUCAUAAUCACAACAGCCAUAUUGGCAUGGGCAAGCCGAAUGGUGAUUUUACACUCUUUGAAAGUCCAUCUACUACGUCAAUUGACGGUAUUAGCAAGCAUGCAAAUUUCGACCACAGCCUGGGGUCGCAGCAGAAUGUUCACAAUUUCCCGGCACUUGACAGUUUCGCCAAUGGCGAUGGCGGACACUUCGCGGAUUCUGAUGCAGCAAGAGGGUGGCCUGCUGAUCAGAUUGAUCCGAUGGAUUUGCAUAGGGAUGUUGAUGAGUAUAUUAUGGGUGGUUUCUAA